UGCUGUGUCCCUGCAGCUCCGAGCAGCACCAGUCCUGGAGCAGGGGCCGUCUCCUGGGUGUCCCUAGGAGAGCCGAGCCGAGUCGCCCCCUCCUGCGCGCCACUCUCCCACCCCACAGCCGCUCUCUGCAUCCCUCUUUUUCUUCCCUCCACUGUCUUUAGCUUCUUUCGCCGCACUCCCCAUUCCUUCAUCCUCGCCUCUUCUGCGCUCCUCUUAUCCCUCUGCCCAUCUCCUUGCGCCUCCCUCUCCCUCUUUCAUUCUCCAUCCCGGUAUCUCCCCCCGCUCAUCAUUGUUCUCCUGCCCUGUGGUCCAUCCCCUCCUUCUCCUCCUUCUCCUGCUGGUGUUUCCAUUGGCUGCGGGCGCCCGUUCCCCGGUACCGGCGCUCCGCUCCCGCUGCCCGAGCCCCGCGGAUGGUGGGGGCUGCGUGGGGCACAGACCCACGGGCGUGGGGCUGAGGGGCCGCGCAUCCAUCCCCCGCUCCCGGGCCCCUUCCCACGCCCGGCACGGCGGGGGCGAUGGGCAGGUCCGGGGAGAGGGACUCGCUCCUCCGCCGGCGCUCGGCGGGGCUCGCUGCCCCCGGGAGGGCUCUGCUCCGCCGCGGUUAGAGAGGGGAAGGGGACAAGCAUGACACGGAUUCUCCCGGGCAAGCGGAGGAAAAUGUACAUCCCGACGACAUCUCCAGAUUGCUAACUGAUCCUGCAAAGGACACUGCUCCCUGCCCUCUUCCCUGCCUCUGCUAUGGACACUUCUGCUUUUAGCCUCCCCACGCCAGCAGUGUUGGAGGAGGGGAAUGCCUCCAGUAGCUGGGCAGGCUUCACUACCCCCAACAGCUCCUCCACUGACAGCCCUGGUGUAGUUGUCAGUGGUGUCCUCAUCCCUGUGGUCUACCUCAUUGUCUGUGUGGUGGGGCUGGCUGGGAAUUCCCUGGUCAUUUAUGUGGUCCUGCGGCACUCCGUGAGCGAGUCGGUGACCAAUGUGUACAUCCUGAACCUGGCCCUGGCUGAUGAGCUCUUCAUGCUGGGCCUGCCCUUCCUUGCUGCGCAGAAUGCCCUGUCCUACUGGCCCUUUGGUUCUUUCAUGUGCCGCCUGGUGAUGGCCGUGGAUGCCAUCAACCAGUUCACCAGCAUCUUCUGCCUGACGGUGAUGAGCGUGGACCGCUACCUGGCUGUGGUCCAUCCAGGGAAGUCCUCCAAAUGGAGGACAGCACGGGUGGCCAAGGCCGUCAGUGUAACCGUGUGGGUACUGUCUUCCAUAGUGGUGCUGCCCGUGGUUAUCUUCUCAGAUGUCCCUUUAGGGAUGAGCACAUGCCACAUCCAGUGGCCAGAGCCUGCCUCGGUGUGGAGAGCUGGCUUCAUCGUCUACACUGCCACCCUGGGCUUCUUUGGGCCGCUCCUGGUGAUUUGUCUCUGUUAUCUCCUGAUUGUUGUGAAGGUUCGCUCCUCUGGCAGGAGGGUCAGGGCUCUGUCCUCCAAGCACAAGCUUUCCGAGCGCAGAGUGACCCGCAUGGUGGUGACUGUGGUGGCUGUCUUUGUCCUUUGCUGGCUUCCCUUCUACGUCCUCAACAUAAUCAAUGUUGUCUGCCCGCUGCCAGAGGAGCCAUCCCUCUUUGGAGUCUACUUCCUUGUGGUGGUGCUGCCCUAUGCCAACAGCUGCGCCAACCCCAUCAUCUACGGCUUCCUCUCCUACCGUUUCAAGCAGGGCUUCCGCAGGGCCAUCUUCAGGCCGUCCCGCCGAGUCCAGAGCCAGGAGGUGCCAGCAGGCCCCCCCGAGAAGAUCGAUGACGAAAGGGAAGAGGGUGAGAUCAGCAAGAUCACCCAGAAUGGAAACGACAGGCAGGAGCGCCCUCUAAGCAGUGGAGAAGGAAAAAGCAAUGAGCAAAAACCACUCCCUGAGGAGCCCGCUGCGGGAUGCGAAAAGAGCAACAAGUUGCAUGUCAGUUAUUUAUGAUGAAAGGGGUGGUGCAGGGGAGAGAGACAUCGGGACAUGGGAUCCCCUUCACGUCCCAUUAAUAGGGCUCCGUGAUCUUGUGGAAAAAGCAAGGCAUUGUUCUUGGUUUUGGAAGAGACACCUGAGGUUUGUGUGGUACCAGUGUUACCAGAAAUUGGUAAAAAAUAAAACCUCCUUAACACUAA